ACUGCCUCUAUCCUCUGUCUGUAGUGUGUGUUGUCUGUAGGCCACUGUCUCUAUCCUCUGUCUGUAGUGUCUGUGUGUGUCUGUAGGCCACUGCCUCUGUCCUCUGUGUCUGUGCUGUCUCUACAGCCUGUCCUCUGUCUGUCCUGUGUACUGUGCUGCUUCGCCGCCAUGCCUCUGCGCCCGAGAGCGCUGUCGCAGCCCCUGAGGGCCAGCAACCUGCUGAGUCCCAAGUCCGCGGAGGAGUCUCGGCCGCGGGCGCUCUCCUCACGCUCCAAGUCCAUGCUGGAGGACGAGCUGUCCUGCCCUGUGUGCUGCGAGAUCUUCACCGACCCGGUGGUGCUCAAGUGCACCCACAGCUUCUGCAAGGCCUGCCUGCAGCAGUUCUGGAGCAAGAAGAAGUCCAUGCGCGAGUGCCCCGUCUGCCGCUCCAAGGUGUCGCUGCAGGAGCCCACCGUCAGCCUGACGCUGAAGAACGUGUGUGACACCAUGCUGAGGGAGCAGGCCAUGAUGCGCGCCGCAACUGAGGCCGCGGCCUCCUCUGGAGGAAGAGGGGGAGGGGGAGCAGAUGGCGCUGGAGGAGGAGGAGGAGGAGGAGGAGGUGCUGUGGGAGCUGGAGUAGGAGCUGGAGGUGGAGGAGGCAGAGGGCUGGAGGAGCUGUGUUCAACGCACGGGGAGCCCAUCAAGCUGUACUGCCAGGAGGACGCCGAGGCACUGUGCUGCGUCUGCCACACGUCCAGGAAACACCAGGGCCACAACAUCUGCCCUGUGGAGGAGGCGGCACAGGAGCUGAAGGAGGAGUUGAAAAAAGAGGUGCUCCCCUUGAAGAAAACUCUUCGAGGGCUCUAUGAGGCAAAGCAGAAGUGUGAGGACACCAGUGUGUAUAUCAAGAACCAGAAGCAGACUACGGAGCGUCUGAUCCGGGAGGAGUUUGCGGAGAUGUACGAGUUCCUUAAGAAGGAAGAGGCUGCACGCCUUGCUGUUCUGGAGGAGGAAGAGGAGGACAAGAAACAGAUAAUGAAGAAGAAGACAGACGGCAUCACGCGGGACAUCCUCACGCUCUCCACCGCCGUCAGGGCCAUCGACAACGAAAUGGCAGUAUGCGACAUAAAGUUCCUCCAGAAUUACAAGAAUACCAGCAAGAGGGCUGCCGUUUCCCAGGAGAUGCCAGAGAAGGGAGUUCCAGGAGUGCUCAUCAACGUUGCCAAGCACACCGGCUCCCUCAAGUACAGGGUCUGGGAGAAGAUGCAGGCCAUUGUGGAAUACACUCCGGUGACCCUUGACCCCAACACGGCCUACAGUUGGUUGACCCUCAACCGGGACCUGACGGCCGUCACCAACAGUGGCGUGGAUCGGAAGCUUCCAGACAACCCCGAGCGCUUCGACCACUUCGUCUUCCUGCUGGGAUCCGAGGGCUACGAGAGCGGGCGUCAUGCCUGGGAAGUGGAGGUGGGCGACAACCAGGACUGGGUGCUGGGCGUGGUGAACGAGAGCGUGGAGCGGAAGGGCAAGAUCUCCGGCUGCCCUGACGGCGGCUUCUGGAUCGUCUCCUUCUCGGACGGCGAGUACACGGCUAUGACGCGGCCGCGCACGACCCUUCACCUCCCGCGGCCCCCCCGCAGGGUCCGCGUGCAGCUGGACUACGAGGCCGGGGAGGUCAGCUUCUCAGACCCCGUCGCCAUGGCGCCCAUCUACACCUUCAGCGGUCACGCGUUCAGCGAGAAGAUGUUCCCCUUCUUCUGCCCCGGGGCCAACAUCAACAGCCCGCUGAAGCUGUGCCCUGUGAAGGUGGCCGUCUGGAACAGCGCCACCUGGUGAUCUGGAGGACUUAUUGUGCCGACAAUACUGUCAAGUCGUCAAACUAGUACCUGCCGCCCUUUCCUGUUGCCUGUAGCCUCAUGAUGCAAG